UGUCGCGCGCAUCAGAGUUCACUCGAGAACCACCUGCAGCUGCACGUCGUCCUCUCAACUCUCUUCCAUCACGCACAGAUUCUCCGCGCGUCUGCCGAAACAUAGAGCCACCGAGAGAAAAUGGCCGUCUACAAGCUGGUUCUGAUCCGUCACGGGGAGAGCUGCUGGAACCAGGAGAACCGGUUCUGCGGGUGGUUCGACGCCGACCUGAGCGAGACGGGAGAACAGGAGGCGAAGCGAGGGGGGAAGGCCUUGAAAGAUGCUGGCUACGAGUUUGACGUGUGCUACACGUCGGUUCUAAAGCGGGCCAUCCGGACCCUGUGGCUGGUUCUGGACCAGAUUGAUCAGAUGUGGGUUCCGGUGCACCGGACCUGGCGGCUCAACGAGCGCCACUACGGUGGCCUGACGGGGUUAAACAAGGCGGAGACGGCAGCCAAACACGGCGAGGCACAGGUCAAGAUCUGGAGACGCUCCUACGACACUCCCCCGCCUUCUAUGGAGGCCGACCACGACUACUACGGCGCCAUUAGCAAGGACCGUCGCUAUGGCGACCUGACGGAGGACCAGCUUCCGACGUGCGAGAGCCUGAAGGACACCAUCGCCCGGGCGCUGCCCUUCUGGAACGACGAAGUUGUACCCCAGAUCAAAGAGGGCAGGAGGGUCCUCAUCGCUGCCCACGGCAACAGCCUCCGAGGCAUCGUCAAGCACCUUGAGGGUAUGUCUGAAGAGGCCAUCAUGGAACUGAACCUGCCCACUGGGAUCCCCAUCCUCUACGAGCUGGACAAGAACCUGAAGCCUGUCAAGCCCAUGCAGUUCCUGGGAGACGAGGAGACCGUGCGCAAGGCCAUGGAGGCAGUGGCCGCACAGGGCAAGGCCAAGAAGUAGAUGACAUUUGACCUUCAACCUCUGACCUCUACAGAGAAGAGGAGGGGUGUGGGGGUGUCCUUUUCUCAGCUCCUGCCCGUUAAACACACUGUGUGUGUGUGUGUGUGUGUGUGUGCGCUGUGUCGGAUGCGUCUAGAGAGGGCAUUGUAGAGCUGCAUGGCUGUCUAAUAAGACUGUAAUUGAGAGUUUAGUUCUGAUAUAUUUAUUGACCAACUGUAUUAUGUAGGGAGGGACCAGUACCACACACACACACACACACCAUCACUUUGUCUUUGUGAUGAUGAAGCUGGGCCAAAAGCACUUAAGUCAAUGUUACACUGUCUUAGUACUGCAUCAUACACACACAUCUGUCAUCCCUUCUCUUUGUGACGCUGUACCUCGGCCCACAGCAUUGAAGUCAAUGUUAAAUUGUCUUAGUUCUGCAUCACACACACACCCCUGUCAUUCCUUUCUCUUUGUGGUGAUGUACCUGGGCCAACAGCUGUGAUAAUGUGUCAUUGGUCAGAAUUCCAAGAAGUAAUAAAUGUUUGAGGCUUACAGUCUUGUCCCCUAA